GUUUGUGAUGGCGUGUAAAAGAAACCUGAGUUUUACUAUUCCCGUGAGUAAUAGGGCUUUGCAACCAGCAGCAAGCCCACUGAGCAUAAAUGAUUUAAUGAAACAGCUGAUCUCGAAGAUGCUAUCCAGCGUCUUUGUGCUCUUGAGCGAAAGUUUGACGAGCAAAGACCGCAAGAGGAACAAAGACCGCGGGAAGAGCCAUUAAAUAAAAGGAUAAAGAGGGCGCACAACGUGGGCAUUGCGGAAGCUGUAAGGCGCCUUCACAAUUCGGAAAACAACCCACAUAAAUAUGAUCCACAAACUGGGUAAGACUGCUGUUUUUCUGCUAUGUUUAUUUGGCCUUUGUGGGCCAUGCUGUUUAUGGGGUUUUACAUAUUCCUUUUAAAUGUAUUUAAUGACACACUUCUCUCUUUCCACACAGAAUAAGUUCGCCUCGUAACCAAGCAGUCAUGACUUAUCUGCUAGAGGAAUUGAAAACAACUUUUGCAGAUGCAGACCCUGAGUGUAUACAAGCGUGUUGCAAGACAUACUUUGAAACACUUCGGAGAAAGUACAAUUUGUCUCAGCCAGAAAAGUCCCAGCUAAGAGAUGCCAUUAAAACAGGAGCUAAAAACCGACAAAGGAAAAGACGGUUGCUGGAUUCCAGGUCCAAGGUUGUUCAAACCGAUGCAGAGAGAGAGCUUUGGCAGACUGCAACAGUGGAGCUGAUGUCUGACGAGGAGGAUGCCAUUGUUGAUGGAAGGCCAGUGUGGAUUGUGAGGUCUCCAUCUCACAGGAACCCACAAUUGUCAGAACUUUGUGAGGAGCUUCAGCGCAGAUUGGAGGCAGACAUGCGCUACACUAUUUUGCAUUAUCAGCGUGUUAAGGCUGAUGGAAAUGGACAUGAUGGACCUUCCUUUCUUCAGCUUUAACUAAACUGCACUGGU